ACACAGCAGUGAAGUUGUCUCAGUUAGUAUUAAUUAUUUAUUGUUAAUAAAUAAAUCUGUGAAUAUUUAUUAUAAUGUAAUAAACAUGGUGAACAAAAUUUUAAUAUAUUUCAUCAUUCACAUAUCAUCUUUGCUGGUUACUAAUUGCACGAAUCAGUGUGCAAUCGAAAAUGAGAUUACGAAUUGUAUUUAUGACGUUAUAUGCGAAUUUUACGCCGGCAGUGCACUCAACCCAACAUGCAAUUAUGAACCUUACGUUAAAUUUAUUGUUCAGAGGUCCACCGUUGAAAUGCUCAGUGCUGGCUUCUUCGGAUCUACGAACUUCGAUUCGCGAGUUAGAGAAAUAUAUGCAAUUAAUAAUACAUGGCAUCAAAUAGUGGAAUCAACAUUUAAGUAUUAUCCUAAAACAAUAAAGAUGGAUUUAUCAAAUAACAAUAUAAAGAGCAUCAAAAACCUAGCGUUUAGAGGCUUAUUAGCGCUUGAAUCGCUUAAUUUAUCAAGAAAUAAGAUAUCUGAUCUUCAAUCAAAUUCACUCGUCACAUUGGAAAAUAAAGAUUCAGAAAUUAAAGUAUUAGAUCUUUCACAAAACAUGAUUGAAGAUAUUCCCUACGACAUAUUUAAGUAUAUAGGUAAAGUUGACACAUUGUACCUGCAACACAAUAAAUUAGUUACAUUGCCUGAUGAUAUCUUCACAAAUUUAAAAAGCUUAACUCUACUCAACUUACAGCAUAAUUUCUUGACCUCUCUCAAUAUGACUUUAAUUAAUUUGAAAGCAUUACAAUAUUUGGAUGUGUCGUUUAAUAAUAUAUCAAAAUUAUCAGGCUAUGAACUGAAUCGAUUAUCGUCAUUAGUAUCUGUCAAUUUUUCAAAUAAUGCCAUAGAGAUAAUCGAAUCGAAUUGUUUUAACCAAGCAUUUAAUUUAGAAAGUGUUGAUUUAAGAAAUAACAAAAUAAAAUCAGUAAUUGAAAAUCUUCUAUUUAUCAAUAAUGCUGUAUUAAAAUAUUUAAAUUUAGAACAAAAUUGUUUAACUCAAAUACAAGAUGAUGCUUUUAAACAUAAUAUUAUUAAUAAUUUAAUUUUGAUAAAUAAUAAUAUUACCGGUAUUAUAACAAAAUCCACUUUUAGUGGUUUAAAAAAUGUUGAAAAUCUGAACUUAUAUAAUCAAAGCAUAACAACAAUUAACGAAGGUGCUUUCAUUGAAAUGGACACCUUAAAUACAUUGAAUUUAAGUAGGAAUCAUAUUUAUAAUAUUGCAAAUAAUUCGUUUGGCGAAUCAAAAAGUUUGGUUAUUUUAGAUUUGUCACAUAACAAAAUAGACAAUCUUAAUUUCUUAAAUGAUAGUUUGAUAAAUUUGACAGAAUUAUAUUUAAAUAAUAACUUACUAACAGAACUUAGAUCGUAUGAUUUACAAAAUCAGACUGAAUUGAAAAUAUUAGACGUAUCUAUGAAUAGAAUUAAAAUUAUAAAUAAAUAUUUUGUACCUUUAAAUAAUUUGCAAUAUUUAAAAAUGACUGGUAAUUCUUUGGUUGGAUCCAUAAAAUCUAAUACAUUUAGUCCAGCAAAAUAUCUAAGAUCUUUAGACUUUGGCAAUUUUAAUAUAACUAAAGUUGAAAGCAUGGCUUUUGUAAAUAUGUCAGUUGUAGUACAAUUAAAUUUUUCUAAUAACAUUAUAGAUGAAAUAGAUUCGCAAAAUUUUAUAGGAGUCAAUAAUUUAUACUCUUUAGACAUUUCACGCAACACACUGACAAAUUUAGAAUUAACAGAACCAUUGCCAAAUUUACGAGCAAUUUAUCUAAACUAUAACAAUUUAACAAGUCUACCCAAAGUUAAUAUGUCCGGACUUUUAUAUACAGAUUUAUCAUAUAACAACAUCAAGAAUUUAUCCAAAGGUAUGUUUGAAAGUACCCGAAAUCUUAAAACAUUACAUUUAUCAAAUAACAAACUAAAAUCAAUCAAUAACCCUUCUAUAAACUCACUAACAGAACUAAUAGAUUUAGGGUUAUCUGGUAACGAGCUCACUGAUAUCAACUUGAGCUUCUUUAAGAAAUUAAUUAGCUUAGACGUUAGUAGAAAUAAAAUUACUUAUAUCAAUAGUUCUAUUUUACAAGGUCUGGAAAAUUUGCAAUAUUUGGAUGUAAGUGCUAAUAAUAUUACAGAACUUCCACCAGGGUCGUUUCAGAGCAUUAAAAUUUUGAAAUAUCUUAAUAUUUCAUCAAAUCAUAUAUCGAACAUAAGGUAUGGGAGUUUUAAAGGCUUGCAUAGAACAGAAGCACUUGAUAUAUCAAAGAAUGACAUCGUCGAACUAGAUGUUGAUGUUUUCCACGAAUGUUUGGAAUUAAGGAAACUGAUUAUCGAUUAUAACAGAAUUAAAACAUUGGAUAUUGCAAAAUUAUUAAUUGUAUCACCGAAAUUAAGUUCACUAAGCGUGGGAGGCAAUCCGGUCUCAUGUAAAGAGAUCGUUAGAAGUAUAAGGAACAUUAAUCGUACGUUAGCUUUUCAUCCAGUUGAAGUUACAUCGAUUGAUAAGAUUUAUCAUGAAGACAACGUUCACGGUAUAAAGUGUGGUGAUGUCAGUAAAAAUACUUCUAAUGCUGACAAUAACAAGCCGGCCGAUAAAGAACCAGGAACGUAUUCAACAUUUAUGAUUUUUAUGAUUUGUUGUUUAAUUGUAUUAUUGGUUUUAGUACUAGGUGUGUUACUGUUUUCAUAUUACAGGGGUAAUUACUUCAAUAAUAUGUAUUCAACUGAAUCUAGAUUACAAAUGAGACGAUCACUGGAACUAAAUGGUUCAGAAUUUCAAAGUGAUCUAUUGGGUUAGUUGUGUAGAAUAUUUUAUGUAAAUUAAAAGUUUUAUAUU